UGAACACACAACCCUCCGUGUCGUCGCGGGUUCAGAGGGGAAAGGUCGUCACAAACAUGGCGGCUCCCCUGGAUGACAUGUUUUCCUUCUGCGUGGAUCCCGGCAAAGCUGCAGCGAGCGUGGACGUCCGAUUUAUAGACAACCUGAAGGGUAAAGGUCUCUUCGCCAAAAGGAGCAUAAAGAAGGGAGAUGUCAUAUUUUUGGAGCGGCCUCUGGUCUCUGCCCAGUUCCUGUGGAAUGCUUUGUACAAAUAUAAAGCCUGUGAUUACUGCUUACGUGCUCUGGAGACCGCCGAGGAGAACGCGAGGAGACUCAGCGGCAUCCCCGGACUCAACCUCCCUCAUCCUGAGCUGUGCCGCGUCCGACCGGAGCUGCACCAGGCCUGCCCUCAGUGCCAGGUGAUGUACUGCAGCAGCGAGUGUCGACAAGCAGCAGCGGAUCAGUACCAUCGAGUUCUGUGUUUGGGUCCCUCCCAGGAAGAUCCGGACCAUCCCAUCAACAAGCUGAAGGAUGCGUGGAGGAGCAUGCACUAUCCGCCGGAGACCUCCAGCAUCAUGCUGAUGGCCCGGAUGGUCGCUGCUGUCAAACAGGCCAAAGACAAAGCACACUGGCAGAAGCUGUUUUCGCACUUCUGCAGCCGGGCGGCCAACGAGGAGGAGGAGAUCGCCCAUAAGCUCCUGGGAGAGAAGUUCAGAGGGCAGUUGGCCUUGUUACACAGCCUUUUCAAGGCGGCACUUUACGAUGAUCAUCUCAAUCGGUGGUUUGUCCCCGAGGGUUUCCGCUCUCUGUUUGCUCUCGUGGGAACUAACGGACAAGGCAUCGGCACCAGCUCUCUGAGUCAGUGGGUUCACGCCUGCGAUUCACUGGAGCUUCCCGCCCAGCAGAGGGAGCAGCUGGACUCUUUCAUCGACCAGCUGUACAAGGACAUUGAGAAAGAAACCGGAGACUUUCUCAACUGCGAGGGCUCUGGACUGUUUCUGCUUCAAAGCUCGUGUAACCACAGCUGUAUACCCAACGCAGAGGCGUCAUUCCCAGAAAACAACUUCCUGCUCCAGCUCAGCGCCCUCAGUGACAUCAACCCAGGAGAGGAGAUCUGCAUCAGUUACCUGGACUGCUGUCAGCGGGACCGAAGCCGUCAUAGCAGGCACAAAAUCCUGAGGGAAAACUACCUGUUCGUCUGCUCGUGUCCAAAGUGCGUCUCCCAGAUGGAUGAGCUGGAUGUAACAUCAGAGGAGGAAGAGGAGGAAGAAGGCGAGGCAGAGGGUGAAACGGAGGGGGAUGAGAUGGAAGAUGAGAUGACUGAUGUCUGAUGAAAGACUUGCUCCGUAUUGUUCUCAGCCGCUCCCGUUCCUGCCGCCACGCUCAGCAACCAUUGAAGCACCGGAAGAAUAAAAACGUGUGGCCAAAACGUCUCACCAACACAUUUCACCCAUUCUUUGUCUGGUUUUAGAGAUCAGUCACAGAGAGGUUUCCUUUAAAUGAGGUGUGUGUGUGUGUGUGUGUGUGUGUGUUGGUAACAGGACAAUGAAAUGAUUUUAUUGUUCUCACUCUGCUUCAGCACACUGAGGGUUUAAAUAAACUAAGACUUUAAACUGUCAA